AUGGACCACAAGCUGGCGAUGUUCCUGGGUCUGACCGGCCUCCUGAUGGUGCUGAUGGUGGACCAGGGAGACGCAAUUAGACAGAAGAGGAUGGUGGAGGCGAGCAUAGACAGCCUGAUGUACCUCUCGAAAGAUCCCACCGUGCUCCCCAUCGAGGAGGAUGAGGUCACCUUCGCCCCCACAGCGAGUGGGGAAGAGGGGGAAGGGGGCCAUGAGCAUGCCAGCGGAGAGGAGCAUUACGCUGGUGACGGUCACGGUCAUGGCAGCAGCGUGGAACACAACGAGGGUGACGGCCAGGAUUCUCUCCUAAGGGAGUUGGAGGAACUCCUAAGGCAGCAGGAGGAGGAGGGGGAGGGCCACGAGCACGACAGCGACGAAGAGCAUUACGCUGGUGACGGUCACGGCCAUGGCAGCAGCGUGGAAGAUCUUCAGCAACAGGAACAGCAGCAGGAACAGCAGGAGCAGCAGCAGGAACAGCAGGAGCAGCAGCAGGAACAGCAGCAGGAGCAGCAACAGGAGCAGCAGGAACAGCAGGAACAGCAGGAGGAACAUCAGGAGCAGCAACAGCAGGAGCAGCAGGAGCAGUGGCGGAUCCUGGAUGAAGCAAUCGGCCUUUUGGAGCUGCUGAGCGAGGGAAAGGGACAAUUUGUACAGCACUGA